CUAUCUCAUCAUAUCAACUGAUCCAGACUGACAUUUUUCAUCCCUUCAUUAUCACACGCAAGAUAUGCCUCGCAGGUCACAGCAGUUGUUACAAGCUGCAGUCAUUUUUUAAGGAUUUAUUUAAAGCUUCAAAAUGCUUCAGAAAGUCAACUGAAUUUUGCAAGGCUUUGGAGCAGAAUGGUUCAGUUAGGGCUCAAAAGACCUGGGGAAGUUGGAACUUGCAGAGCUAGCAAACUACUCUCUGAAACACAGGAACCGCUCUCUGGCUUCACCACCAACUCCAAGUCCAUGCAACGCAGCUCUUCACAGGCAGAGCAAGUAAAACUACUCCACCAAAAGGCCAGGGGAAUCUGGCUUCAAUGGCUUGCCGCUAUAUAUUCAUCAAAUCCAGCACGUCCAACGCAGCAGAAUUCAGCAGCAUUCACCAUCUCAGCAGUCAGUUCACCUGAUCUAUCAGAACAACACUUCCGGGAUUCGGGACACAACCAUGGCGCGCCACCUCUCGCUGCACCUGCACUCUGUCGCCGCCGCGGCGUCCGGCGGCGUCCACCACCCCGGCGCCGCGGCGGUGGCGUCCGUGGCCGCGUUCCUGGCGGUGUGCGCGCUGGCGCUGGCGCUGUGCGCGUCGCACUCGGCGCCCGGGGCGGGGCGGCUGCGGCGCGCGCUGGCGAGCGUGAGCCGGCGGCGCACGGAGCCCGUGAUCGCGGCCGUGCACCAGGUGCAGCCCGGCGGCGGCGAGGCGUCGCCGUGCGUCUGGCAGAAGGGCAUCCUCAUGGGCGGCAAGUGCCAGCUCCCGGACUUCUCCGGCGUCAUCAACUACGACCCCGCCGGCAACCUCGUCGCGCCCGCCCGCCCCGGCCGCGCCGUGCUGGCGCUCGGCUGGUGAGGGGCAGAGGGAGGCGGCCGACGUGAGACGAGACGGCGCCUGUGUACACGUGUCAUGAACUUCUUGCGCUCUGUUUUCUUUCUGGAUGUUCCUGAUAAUCUGCCCACGCAUUGGUGGCAAAUAACCCGGUUGCCAUGUGGAAUUUGUGUUCUUGAGUUUAAAUUUGGCAUAUCUGGUGUAUGUACCAGCACGAAAAACCA